AUGGUGAUGGGUUUGCCGUUGGGUCUCCUUACUCUUAACAUAGAAUUCCCCAGAACGUUCAUGAAAUAUCUGGGAAGAGAAGUCCAGAGUAUCCCAGAACUUGUUGGAGAUCCCGUUAGGUUGGCAAGUACUCUGAUGGGUACCGAUCCUGUGUAUGAGCGUAUGUAUGUAUGUAUGACAAUGAAGAACUCUGAACUCUCCCCAUCGCGAGCUAAUGAUGUGCCCGACGCAGUGGAUGGCGGACGAGGCAAUACGGAUGGCCAGCGGAGACCAUUCAACACUGGCAGCGUAGGCGGCAUUCGUCACCGUGAAGACGGCAUCGGUGCACUCAUAGCGGCUCGCAUGGCCGGCCCCCAAACAUCUUGCGAUAGCCACCAUUAA